AUGUUCAAGAAGAAGAAAAAGCCACAGAUAGAGAUCUCAUCUCCAUCAAACUUCCAGCACCGGGUGCACACUGGAUUUGACUGGGAGAAUGGGGUUUUUGUCGGCCUCCCGGCUCAGUGGGCAGGUAUUAUUGAAGGCAGCAAAGACAGACGUAGACCCAUUGUUGAUCCAUCUAGGAUCACCCAGACUGAUGUAGAGCCUCUUAAGACAAUCAUUAGAGGGCAUCAAAAUGGACAUCUGCAGGAUGUUAGUGUGGCCAGAUCAAAUUCACUGCGUCGUGAAAGUCCACCUCCUUACAGACGCCGGGCUCCAGGAAGUGAGUACCCUACUGUCCCCGAAGAAGAAAUCAUGCAUCAGACAUCACGGCGGGAUUAUGAUCCACAUCUCCAUCAAACGAACCUCCCAAAUCCCCUGCACAAGGAGCAGUACCAGCAGCAUCAGCAGCAGGUGCCUCAGGGAUAUAGAGAGCGCAGAGAUUACCCAGGGGAGUAUCCUCAGCCACGACAGACAUUCGACUCUAGAGACUCCGUUAGGUCCAACCAGCUGCAUCGCCAACCACAGCAGGAGCAGAUGGACCCACGAACUAGAAUGCCAAAACAGUAUGAUGAUUUUGUAGAUCGUAAUCAAGGGGACUAUUUGCACGGAACUUUAGAACGGCGGCCGGUACACCAUGACCCAAGAGUAAACAGCUCGUAUGAUGCUCACACUGUAGACAGGUCAUUUGAAUACACCCCACCAGGCCAGCCUCUGCGACACAGUCACUACGAUGACCGCUCAUUGCCUCAUCAGAACAACGAUCGAUACCGUCAAGUGCCCAAUGGUGUUCCUCAGCCAGGACCGCCUCGACAUCAAAGCAUCCCAUCGGCUCAUCAAGAUCACCCCAAUUAUGCAAGCAUUUCACAGUCGCCUGCUGCCUUGCAGUUUGAAAGAUUCCGUCGAACUCUGCAGUACGUUGUGAACCCUGGUGACCCUCGCCAGUUUUUGAGGAAUUUUGUUAAAAUUGGAGAGGGCUCGACUGGCAUUGUGUGCACUGCCCAGGAUCAGUCUCGUGGCAGGUAUGUGGCCGUGAAGAAAAUGGACCUGAGAAAACAACAGAGGAGAGAACUGCUUUUUAAUGAGGUGGUCGUCAUGAGGGACUAUCAUCAUCCUAAUAUUGUGGAGAUGUACAACAGCUAUCUGGUUAAUGAUGAAUUAUGGGUAGUGAUGGAGUUUAUGGAGGGAGGUGCACUUACAGACAUUGUUACACACAGCAGUCAUGUUUCAGCAGGUUGUAUGAAAUGCCUCGCUUCAGUUGAUACAGGCAAAGUGAAAUUGUCUGACUUUGGCUUUUGUGCACAAGUGACAACAGACUUGCCAAAGAGAAAAUCACUGGUGGGAACUCCAUACUGGAUGGCUCCUGAAGUCAUUUCAAGGUUACCUUAUGGACCAGAGCAGGAAUGCAGAAGCAUAAGUAGAUCGUUAUGGGGUGGAGAAUUGGAGCCACAGGAACAAGCAGUGUCGCCAAGACUACAGGGUUUCCUUGACCGCAUGCUGGUGCGGGACCAUGCGCAGCGUGCCACGGCAGCUGAGCUGAUGCAGCACCAGUUCCUGCGGGAGGCCGGCCCACCAUCUUGCCUUGUACCUCUGCUGAAUACCAGACACAGCCCCUCUUGA